UACGGCCUCCCGGAGCGAGGCGGAGGGCGAGGCCAUGGACGCCGAGCUGGCGGUGGCGCCGUCCGGCUGCUCGCACUUGAGCAGCUUCAAGGUGGACAACUGGAAGCAGAACCUGCGCGCCAUCUACCAGUGCUUCGUGUGGAGCGGCACCGCCGAGGCCCUCAAGCGCAAGGCCAAGUCGUGCGUCUGUCAUGUCUGUGGUGCACACUUGAACAGACUCCACUCCUGCCUCUACUGUGUCUUUUUUGGCUGUUUCACAAAGAAACAUAUUCAUGAACACGCAAAGUCGAAACGACACAACCUGGCCAUAGACCUGACGUAUGGAGGUAUAUAUUGCUUUCUGUGUCAGGACUACAUAUACGACAAAGACAUGGAGAUAAUUGCCAAAGAGGAACAGCGGAAAGCGUGGAAAAUGCAAGGUGUUGGGGAGAAGUUUUCAACUUGGGAACCGACCAAACGGGAGCUUGAACUGCUGAAGCACAACCCGAAAAGGAGAAAGAUCACCUCUAACUGCACCAUAGGCCUGCGAGGGCUGAUCAACCUCGGGAACACAUGCUUCAUGAACUGCAUCGUGCAGGCGCUCACCCACACACCACUCCUGCGAGACUUCUUCCUCUCCGACCGGCACAAGUGCGAGAUGCAGAGCCCCAGCUCGUGUCUGGUCUGCGAGAUGUCUUCACUCUUCCAGGAGUUUUACUCCGGGCACCGGUCCCCCCACAUCCCGUACAAGCUGCUGCACCUGGUGUGGACGCACGCCCGGCACCUGGCGGGGUACGAGCAGCAGGACGCCCACGAGUUCCUCAUUGCGGCACUGGAUGUCCUCCAUAGGCACUGCAAAGGUGAUGAUAACGGGAAGAAGGCCAACAACCCCAAUCACUGCAACUGCAUCAUCGACCAGAUCUUUACGGGUGGGCUGCAGUCGGAUGUCACCUGCCAGGUCUGCCAUGGCGUCUCCACGACCAUAGACCCAUUCUGGGACAUCAGCUUGGAUCUGCCUGGCUCUUCCACCCCAUUCUGGCCCCUGAGCCCAGGGAGUGAGGGCAGCAUGGUGAAUGGGGAAAGUCAUGCAUCGGGUACCACCACACUUACAGACUGCCUGCGGAGAUUUACCAGACCAGAGCACUUAGGAAGCAGUGCCAAAAUCAAGUGUAGUGGUUGCCAUAGCUACCAGGAAUCCACUAAGCAGCUCACCAUGAAGAAAUUGCCCAUUGUUGCCUGUUUUCAUCUUAAACGGUUUGAACACUCUGCCAAGCUGAGACGGAAGAUUACCACAUAUGUGUCCUUCCCCUUGGAGCUGGACAUGACUCCCUUCAUGGCCUCAAGCAAAGAGAGCAGGAUGAAUGGGCAGUACCAGCAGCCGACGGAUAGUCUGAACAAUGACAACAAGUACUCCUUGUUCGCAGUUGUUAACCAUCAGGGGACCUUGGAGAGUGGCCACUACACCAGCUUCAUCAGGCAGCACAAGGACCAGUGGUUCAAGUGUGACGAUGCCAUCAUUACCAAGGCCAGCAUCAAGGACGUGCUGGACAGCGAGGGAUACUUGCUGUUCUAUCACAAGCAGUUCUUGGAAUACGAAUAGUCUUAGCAGCAGCUGGUCAGAAUGAAGGGAAUGAGUUGACGAGCCUCACACUGCAACCCCCUGCCCUUCCAACGUGGAGACACCACCACCCACUCAGGAGCCACCACCCUGGUUGGGCUCCCUGGCCUGGGCCAAAGGACAGGGAGCAGGGUGUCCAGGACUCAGGUGGUUUGCACACGGACCAGCUCUGCAGUUGGGGGCGAGCUCCGGGAACUCCACAAAGGAGAAAAUUAAAUGUGGGGUGUGUUCUUGGGUGGGGAAGGAGCAGAGCGGACCUGUCACUAGUCGUGUCCUCUGCUCCUCAAAAAAAUGUAGGGGUAAGUGGCGGGGGGGGGUGCCCUCAUCAGCACAGAGCAUCUCCUGCCUGUGCUUUGAUUUUAACUGACCAGUGGAUAACAAUGAAAAAAGCUUCCAGAGGCCCAUUGAACAGUUUUUAUAGGUACAUUAAAGCCGUCAGGUAGAGGAGACAGGAUAUUAUGCAAGGACAGAGGACUUGCACAUACCUUUCUUUCUGUGAGUUUUAGCGUUAGAUACAUAUAGCCUGAGAUUUCGAGAUUCUUCGCUGCGUGUUUUCAGCAGAUGCAGAGAACAACCCACAGGGCUGUGGAACUGAGGAUGCGAACUCGGGAUUCCAAGCAUGUCUGUUCUGCAGAAAACUUAGCAUCAAGCUGCAUGUCGAAGCAUCAGCCCAGAUACUCUUUCUCGGUUUUCUAGAAAUAGGCAUUUUCUUAUCCCCUCUUCCUUUUUAACGGUGAAUUUCAUAAAUGUUGUAGUAGUGAAGUGAACGAAUUACCGAGUUUCUACUGAAAUCUAGAUUUUUUCCCCUUAAUUCUAGAGAGUGACCCCUGCUUCUUCACUGUUGCUAUUUUGUUGAUUCCUUCCACUCCCCACUGCCCGCCUGGGACAUGUGUGCCACCGCUGGUGGGGGGCAUGGGGGAGAAAAAGCUAGUGAGCUGCUAGUUAGUACAGGACCCCUUAUACGGUGGAGCAUUUUCUGUGGUGUCCUGCUGGUUCCCUGCGCAUCUUCAAACCCCCACCCUCACCCCCUGCACGGUAGCUCGUGUGUUGGAUUUGAACUAGCGUGACUUCGUGUGGAGACUGCAUCAGACUGUUCUUCGGCCUGCUUUCCAUGUUGUGUCGUUCUGACUGUAGUGGAAAUGACUCGUGAAGUGAGCUGUUAAGGAGAACGAAUUGAGGAAGUAGAGUAUUAGUUUGUUGCUUGUAAGAUAUCUUGCACGUGUCUAUUUAAGCCCAAGCAUAGAUUUCUGUUUCGGAGACAUUUUUUCGUUUACAACCUAGGGGCAUGGGGGAGGGAAGUUUGCUUUCGCCUGGUUUGUGGUAUAACUAUCUCUCCAGGUGCCUGUUUCGGACCUGUCCAUUCUUUAGUCUAGAGAAGAAUUAGAGUAAGCCAUUUCUGUAGUCAGUAAACUUUUUCUGUAAAGAGCCUGAGUAAAUGCUUUAGGCUUUGAGGGCCAGAGGGCUUUGUCCCAAAAGCAGCCACAGGCAGUACAGAGAUUAGUGGGCGUAGCUGUGUGCCAGUGAAAUUUAUAUUUAUGGGUACUGAAAUUUGGAUUUCACAAAACUUUCAUGUGUCAUAAGAUUUUACUUUGAUUUUUAAGAAAUUAUUUUAAAAUAUGAAGCUAUUCUCAGCUCACAUACCCUGCAAAAACAGGCAGCAACCAUAUUUGGCCCUGGGCUUUGGUUGGCCAGCCCUGACCCAGCUAGUUUCAGAAGGUGGGCGGUAACAGUAGGAGCUGAGUAGCAGCUGCUCCAGGUAAAAAAAUGCUACAAUCAUACAGCAAGUGUUGUUUGCUGCAGAAUCAUCAUGUGGAAAAUCCUGACUGGUAGACUUUAAAACAGUUAUCUAAAUUAUUCUCUGCCUUGUUUAGGGAACACAUCUAACGGAAAGGGGAGGAUUCAUGUAAGUUGGCCUACAGGAUGCUGGGCCAUGUCGUCUGCCACCUUGCUUGCAUUACUGGGCUGUCCUGAGUGGAGCAUAUGACACAGCACAUGUGCUUGUCAUGGGCAGUUCUGCAGGCUGCCUGUGGUUAGAUGGCUCCUGUCCACUUGCUGUGAUGGCUCUGAGCUGUGGUGGCCAGCCCCUGGCCCCAACAUUUGUCUCCAUCUCCCCUCUUCGUUGGCCUCCCCAACCCCAUUCCCAUUAUCCCUCAUGUCCACCAAGGACCGAGGGAGCUUCAUUGGUUGUCCCUGGACUUAUUUUCCACUGUUUGCAUCCCCUUAUUUGCUCUCAGCCAAACUUGGCUCAGGUGGAGCCUGUCUCCACAGAGGGGCACAGGCUCCAGGCUUGCUUGGCCACGCCUCUGCCUACAUUGUCUGCGUGCAUGCCUCUGUUUGACGCUCCGUCUUGGAUUUGCCUUUUCAGAAACAGAUGAGUUUGGGGAUUUCUUCUCUUACAGCCCUAGCCAAGUUCAGGAGGCUGUUUUCCUGUUCCCUGGUAACCACCCUGCAUAGUGUUUACAUGGUCACAAAGUGUGUCUCAUUAUUAAGGACCUCGUCGUGUGCUCUCCCCAUCCUGCUGGUGUACUGAAGCAGCAUGUACCUCCAAGCUGCCACCGUCAGCACAGUGUUCUGCAACCUGUUGCUGGGUCCCCUCAAAAAUGUCCUAAGGGGGUGUUAGUUGGCCAUCAGGGCAGCGUUCCAUAGCCCCGUGCUGGGUCUCCUGUCAGAUUUCCUAAGGGAAUGUUUUGAGCAUGGUUGAUUUGCUGGCCUAAGGGGCACCAAGGGACAUAGAGUUGGGCAACUCAAGGAUUAAGUGGAUGGCUGCCCCUGGAGCUGGGCUGGGUCUCCUUUCUCCUGUCAGGCGCUAGCACUGUCCCAGACUCCCUUUCCCUGCAGUGCAUACACCCGAGUGCUGCCACGGUCAUAUGCUUCCUUUGUAUAAAACUGCUGUUCUGCGGACAACUCAAGUGACUGUUUACUAUAAUUCUGAAAACAAAAAUUGUAAGAGAAAUUUCAAUGAUUGUGCUGUGGUUGGAUAUUUUAUUACCGAGAUGUUUACACCUGCUCUCACCUGUCUCUGAGGAGCUGUGUGACUCUCCCACUUCUCCUGCAGUGGCUGUAGUGUUUCCUGUGUCAUAAUAAAGCUGCAUUUUGUCCUGA